GAGAAAUAACGAGACUUUGAGACUUGUUUAUUUUUAGAAAUAUCUGGAACGUUUUAACAAUUGUGUCAGCAUUUACGUCAAAUUUCACGGUCUUGUAGCUAGCAUUUGUUUCUGCCACAAUGCCAGCCACUACAAGAUGGUACUACUAUGAUGUGCUUGGUGUACAGAAGAAUUCCACGACAAAAGAAAUUAAAAAAGCGUAUAGACGACUUGCUCUCAAAUGGCAUCCUGACAAGAACCCAGGCAAAAAGGAAGAGGCCGAAAAGAAAUUCAAAGAAUUGGCAGAGGCAUAUGAAGUAUUGUCAGACACCAAGAAGCGUGAUAUGUACGACAAGUAUGGUAAAGAUGGUUUGAGUGGAAACCAAGGGUUUACGUGUGAUGAUUUCGAUUCGUUUGGUGGUGUAGGCGGCUUCCACUUCACGUUCCGCAGACCUGAAGACGUCUUCAGAGAUUUUUUUGGCACAGAUGAUCCUUUCGCAAGUCUCUUUGGUGUUUCGCCACAUUCUGACUUCAAUGGCUCGAUGUUUGAACAGUCGUUCGGCGGCUUCCCUGGCUCUUCAUUUACAUCAUCAUUCUUCGGUGGUGGCUUCGACCCGUUCGCUAGCUCGGGUUUUGCAUCCCAUUUUUCAAGUACAUCAUUUGGGGGUCCGUCUGCUGGUGGAAACUUCCGUUCCACAUCAACAUCGAUUAAAUACAUCAACGGCAAAAAGGUUGUCACGAAAAAAGUUGUUGAAAACGGCACAGAAACGGUGGUGAUUGAAGAAGAUGGUGUUUUGAAAUCGAAAUCCGUGAACGGCGUCCAACAGCUUGAAAGUGGGCGGGCUCAGCAGAGUAUUCGAGCUUAGACGACAACCGUGAAUGAACGACACAGCGUUAACAAAAAUGGAUUACGUAUUCCUAACUGUUUUUGGAAGAACUGAACUCUUAUCUGUAAUAGCACAUCAUUUGUUAUUAACCAGUCGCAAUUUUAACUACAUGUAUUUUCUGUCAUAGCAACGCUUUGGAGUAUACAAAUGUUUCCUUUCAGUCAUUGUUCCUGGUUAUCGGUGGUCAGACUUUGUUACAAACUUUCGUCUGGUAUUUAAAUAAGAGUUUUAAUCUUUUGUUAAACAAACUGGGGACAAAGUAUUAAAGUGUGUAAUAUAACAAUGGAUAUUAACUCCAGGAAAGUAAUUAAUUGCUUUCAUCAUGUGGGUAUAUGUAUAUAGUUUGAUAUUUGUGCCGUAUUAUGUAUAUUGGUGCCUAAUGGGUAUUAAUAGUUCGUCAUUUAUCAGGCCAAAGAAUCCUAUUGGCGGUCUGCCUCAGUGUUAUGUUUGUAAUAGUAAACAGUGUUCUUGUUACCUUGGUGCCCCCUUGUGGCAGAUAUUACUAUACGGAAAGGCUAGGUUUAAAAAAAAUGAUGGUGAUACAAAGCAGCCCUACAUUCAAACUAGAGUUAUUGGGUAGAAAUUCUUCCUUUCUUUCUUAUUUUAUUGUCAUUGGAAGAAGAGUGUAUUGAGUACGUAUAUAAAUGGUGAUUGUCACAUACAUCUGUCUGUCUGUUGGCUCAGUGGACCCAUUGGAAAUGGGAUUUCUGGUCAUUUUGUGGGCACAUUUUUAAUAAUAAUGACAUGUGUUUGUCACACUGUCUACCUUUUAAAGAUGUAUUGCUGUGGACUGAGUUGUAUUGGAUGAGUUAGUAGACUACUUUUUACAUUUUAACAUUUAUAAUUGUUUCAGAUGGUUUUACUACGUUAGACAGAACUUCUGAUUAAGAAUCGAUGUAUUUUUGUCAAGUUUAAAAAAAUUAUUUAAGAACCCGUCACUAAAAUUUAAACCUGCAGAUUUUUUUUGAUUUUUUUUUUUAACGGAAACAAAAAAUCCUAUUUAGUUCCCAAGGCCAAUUUAGUUUUUGAUGUUUGUGUUACCAAUUUUUUUGUGUUAUAUUUGUUGACACAUGUAUAUGGUUUUCCCAUUUAUAGUGUGUGGGUUAUUGUCGUGGGCACAUCUAUGUAUAUUUUAGUCUAUUCUGCUGUUAUGAAUUUGCUAAAGAAAUCAGAAUUGCCUGUUGUUUGCAUUAUUAUCAUCAUAAACCAGGUCACUGUCACUGAAAAAUUGUAAUGUUUUUACUUUUUCUUCUUUAUUGUUUUUUAAUUUUAUUUUAAAAAAAUUAUCCAUUACAAUUAUUACUCAUGCAUUUGUUAACUGUCUGUAUACUGUAUGUUAUCUUUACUGUAUUACAUUUAGCUGAUGGCUUCAUUGCAAGCUUUUAAUUAAGUACUUUCAUGCUCAUUUCUUUUUCUGUUUUUUCAAUGCUCUCUCUCCAACUUAAAUUUUGCCACAUCAUGACAUGACCGUAUCUUUAUUUUUAAAUUGUUAAGCAAAUGACAUUUCUCCUGCUCUUACUUUUCCAUCUGACAUAAAUGUUUUUAACUAAUAACAAAUCAUUCUUCAAUCUUUAAAAAAAACAAAAAAAACAUCUUAGUAUUUAAUUUGAUGUAUGGUAUGAUAUACAAGUUUGUGUUAAGUAUGUGUCAAAAGUGUGUGGGUGUUAUGAGUUCUGAAUGAGCCAAUACAAAAUAGAUUUUUGUGUUGGUCUCCUUUCGAUUUUUAAACUGUUGGACCUUUACGGAGGGGAAUAAAAUGGAUGUAGUAAAAAACUGUUUUACUCUUUAGUUGAUCUAGGUGUAUCCGGUUUUUGGAGUAUAUUUAUGAAAAUUCUUAUUAGUACCAACAAGCAGCAGAUAGAAUGGACCAAUGUCUGCUGUUUAUGGAAGCCCAUCUAGUUACCUAGCAGUACCACAAUAAACAUUUAAAAUCAAAGCCACCAAGUUUUAUAGUAGUACUACCGGUAAUAGUACAAAUAUUUAAUAAUAAGUCACUAAAUAGUAAUAUCCUCCACUGAUAUUUGUAUUGGAACUAAAAAAAAAUUAAUUUUUUUUAAAUCUGUAAAUAAUCUUCAUCAUGUAAAAGUUUACUUUUGUUCAGUGGCGGUUGUGUUGUAAGUGUAUACCGGAAAACAGUAUCGAGGUUCAGUGGAAGUUAUGUUAUAAGUGUAUACUGGAAAACAGUAUUGAGGCUGCAAGUUUAUGCAUCUGUUUUAUUACACAACUAAGUUCAUAAAGUAAAAACAUUGAAAAUGGGUUGGUAGCAAAACAAAACCCAAAUAAUUAACAGAGUUAAAAUUUGCAUAAUCCGUGUAUGGGUUAUGCAAACAAACAAAUGCAGAUAACACAUUUGUCUUUCCUCUCUUUGUUUGUGUGUAACCUGUUAUCACCAGGUAAAUGAUGUCUUAAAUUUAAUGCUCGGAACAAACGGAGGUUUGCGAAAAAUUUGACGUGCGUGGAUGAAACAAUCGUUCUCACAAUCUUCAAACGCCUGUUUUACAUUUAAUUAUUUAAAGAAGGUAAGAUACAACACUUAAACUGGGUGCUUAUCCUCUCAAAACACACAUAGAGAUCUACAUAACACGAUGCUGUGCGGUCGUUGCUAAUUGUAGCUGUUGCAUAUUUAUAAAUAAUUGAUUUUCAACAACAUUCACCAGUAGUGUAUGACUAUAUAAUAAUGUUUACAUCGAUACAUCUAAUUGUGACUGUUAAUGGACAUGUAUAUGAGGAACACGGUUCUUACAUGUUCAGGAAAUCCGGGAAAGUCGUGAAAUUUGCAAAUGUUCUUUUGUAGACCUUACAGAGUUGUGGAUUUCGAGUUGGGUCAUGGAAAGUCAUGAAAAUUGGUUGAACAUAAUUGUUUACCGACUAAAUACCACCAGAAGAGGUUCAUUGUAAUAUUAUGUUGAUGAUGACAGAAAAAUCCUUGAAAAUCUUCUUUAAAAAAAGAAAGAAAAGAAUAGAUGUCAUGAAAAUGGCUUUUAAGGUAAUGAAAAGUCGUGGAAUUUUGUUCAUGAGAAAAUGUAUGAACCCUAGGGUAAGUGAUCUUUCAAUCGCUACAUGCAAAUGUUGACUGUACUGGAUGAUAAUUAAGAUUUGAACGUCACCAAAAGAUCUCAAUACAAUUUACUAUUGCAGAUUUGACAAUAGUCUCUGUUCUGCUUUUGCAUCACCAGAAGAAUAUAAGCUACAUCGUUAGGGGCAUGUUAUAGUGUUUUCUCAUCAAUAAAAGAUGUACAAUAGUUGAUCUUUAUCAGCUUCUUCAUCACUAGUAUGCUAACAGUUCACAGUUAUAUUGGUAACAGUUACUAGUAUAUCGUUUAGGACAUGUUGUAAUGUUCUUAACGUUACUGGAAGGCUUACAAUUCAUCACUAUUAUUAUCUUAGAAGAUGUCCUGUAAUAUAUGGCAUAUUGCCGUGUAUAUGAUGUGAUAACAUGAUUGUAGUGUUGUUCAUUUUGAUAUAAAAUUGGUGCAUAUUUAA